UUGGUGAGGGAGAACGGUGAGGUACGCGCAAUGGCAGUAGUUGAACACGGGGUGGGUGCGGAGAGAGUGAUGCUCAUAAGCGCUGAUCUUCAACGGAGCGGAGAACAACGUCAAGAAAGAGAGAAAGAGACUAUAAGAGUAAAAGUUCUGCGUGACGAUGGGAAGGCAAGAGCGCGCUGAACGCGGGAAGAGCGUGAGCGAUGCGUCUGCGCGCCACGAACCGCUCAGCCUCGCCUCAGGUGAGAGCGCGCAUGCGACCGCUCUGGUGAAAAUGAGCUCUGCUGCUGCUGUGAAGACACACCAACAUAAACACAGCCUGAAGCGCCGAUUUGAAGUGCUGGAGACUCUGGGCAAAGGCACAUAUGGGAAGGUGAAAAAAGCAGUGGAGAAACAAAGCGGAAAAACGGUGGCCAUUAAAUCUAUAAGGAAGGAGAGGCUCAGUGAUGAUCUGGACAGAGCUCACAUCAAAAGAGAGAUAGAAAUCAUAUCCUCUCUGUCACACUCAAACAUAAUUCAGAUCUAUGAGGUGUUUGAGAGCAGAGAGAAGAUAGUGAUGGUGAUGGAGUAUGCAAGUGGAGGAGAGCUGUAUGAAUACAUUCAGAAGAGGGGAAGGCUAACAGAGGAAGAGGCCAGACACUUCUUCAGCCAAAUUACCUCCGCAGUGCUCUACUGCCACAAAAAUGGUGUGGUUCAUCGAGAUCUUAAACUUGAGAACAUUUUAUUGGACCAGGACUUAAAUGUCAAGCUUGCUGAUUUUGGUUUGUCCAACCAAUAUCAGAGAGGCCAUUUUCUGGAGACAUUUUGUGGAAGCCCUCUCUAUGCAUCACCAGAGAUCAUCAAUGGACUGCCAUACCAAGGCCCAGAGGUGGAUUGCUGGGCUCUAGGUGUACUGCUCUAUGCUCUAGUUUAUGGUUUUAUGCCUUUUGAUGGAUGCAAUUACAGCAGCCUUAGAGAGCAGAUCAGCCAAGGAAGAUACAGGAUGCCCAACACCCAUUCAGAUGCUUAUACUUUGAUUGGCUGGAUGCUGACUGUCAAUGUAGAGGAGAGAGCCACUGUGGAGGAUGUUGCCAAUCACAGGUGGCUUAACCGAAUCUGCACAGUCACUGUGAACGACUGUGGCCACAAUGGUUUUACUACAUCUGACCUUUCAACUUUGCAUACCAAUAUCUGUCACAGCUUUCCCCCAGUAGUGGUGGAAGAUCGAACACGAGGCAGUACAGUGCCCAGAAAGAGCCGUAAGCAGAGGCAAUCAAUUCAGCACCUUGACUCCACCAACUAUCAUCAAUCUACACUUCUGUCUUUGCAUCUAACAUCUUCCUCACACAGCCAACUGGCCAAACUACCAAAGAAGGGCAUUUUAAAGAAACUAUAUAAGUGGGCUGAAUACAAGUCCUCACUAGAACAUUCAGACAUAGGACAGAAAGACACUGGAGGUAGUCAAGUCAUCUGCCAAGAUAAGGAGAGUAGCAGUAAAGAGACAGACAAUGACAAGAAGAGGAAGGGUAUUCUUAAACGAAAUAGCAUCUCCUCAAGUCUAGACCUGCCUUCAAAUACAAUGCCAAACCAUGAACCAGCUCCAACACGGUCAAACGACAAUAUCCAUGACAACAGCUGCUUAAGUAAUUAUUAUAAGGGGAGAGAUUUGGAGAUAGAGAUUACACUAUGGAAGACAUGA